AGAAAGAGGAAAGAGAAACCCAUGCCAAAAUUUUCAAAUUGAUCAAAUCUGAAGUAAAACAUGCUGUUGUAUUUUCAUUGAUCAAUGAUAUUACACGACAUGUCUACUAAACGCAAAUUUACCAUUGAAGGCUUUGACGGAUCUUUGAAGAAAAAGCAAUGCAUGUAUAUUCUCGAGAGGCAGCAGAUGUUACAUUUGUUAACACAGAGAGAAUCUCAAGUGACAGAAGAAAUGGAAGUCACACCUCAGGUACCUCAGGCAGAAUCUCAGAGGCCACACACAGGGAGCAAUAAACUCAACUUUCCCAUCAACAGUUUUCCUCUGCAGGGCCUCAAUAAUAACAAUAACCAAUCAGAGUGUUUGAGGUGCCUAGCAGGAGAACCGGGACAUUUCCGGCACGUGAAGACGUACAGUUGACGUUAAUGAAGUGAGUUGAUAAUAGAAUAAAUCACUUUGCUGGCAUGAUUAGAUGGAAAAAGAAUACUCACAUCUCUCGGAGAUCAACCA